GCUGAUAUUACUUUAAUGAAAAAUGCAUCAUAUUACAGACAAUCAUAUAGCGUUUGAAAGCAUGUAAAUAUGCUUUAUUCGAUUCCGUUUCAUUUGUUUGUUAAAAAAAUAUAGACUAAUGCUUGCAUGUAUAUUAUCUUUAAUCAAUCAAGCGCGUCAUUUGACAAAGUUCAGAAGAAUCUAGUCCAAUUUCAUCUCAUCAAUUCAACUUUUCACGGUUACAUUUUGUACAAUGUACUACAUACAUAGAACAAGUCCUAAACAGAUAAAGAUAUGGAUUCAACUAUCGUUGAUGGAAUUGGGAAGGGGUGGGGGUAUAUGAAAUGAGAGAAGUAAUUUACUCAAUAUUUAAUGAUAAAUAAACACCACAUGUUUUAAAGAAAUGAAAAGAAAAUUGUUGGGCAAGAGGAAGCCAGUGGUUAUAUGAUAUCAAAGGAUUAAUUCAUUCAAUGUUUGAUUUGAAAUUUUCCUGGAAGAUAAAACUCAAAUCACUGACGCAAAGAGUGCACACAUUAAUAAUUGAAGGGUCAAGGUUAAAAAGUUUGACGUAAAUAUAACCGACCAAAUAAUUUCAACAAGAUUAAAAAAAACAACAACAACAUUUGACGGUCUGAUUCUAUAAUGUUCCAACAUUGCUCCGUACAUUUACCAUGUUAUGUAUCACAGGGGCGGAUUCAGGAAUUUUUUAAGGGGAGGGGAGGGGUCCACUAUUAAUUUUGGGUUUCAGGGGGCGGGGAAGCCCCCCCCCCCCCCUCAAAAUCCGCCAAUGUACACAUCUAUAUACCCCGUUUUUCCUCUCCUGGCAAUUCCUGAUAUUGAUUUUUUUUUAAAUUGAACAAUGUCAAUAUAUUUAAAACGAAAUUUAAAUUGUAUUGUUCCAGUUGUAGACCAGGAACUACAUAUGUAAUGCUAUUUUACACACUAUAUAUACACGAUCUUCCUGAAACUUGUUUGCAUCUUUAUGUUUGUGGAGAGAUCCCUGCAGAUGUUAUCUGAAAUUACCCUGCAGUUGUUAUCUGAAAUUACAUAAGAGGAAGUAUACACACCGAUAUACAAUACCAACACAAACUGUAAAUAGAUCCAAAACUGUUAAUGCGGAAGUCUUUCUCAGCCUUCAUUGAGGAAAACCCAAGCAGGUACACACUGUAAUAUAUCCACCCUGGUGUUUCUUUUUUGUGUGGGUGCGUGUGCGCAUGUGUGUGUGCAUGAGAGAGAGAGAGAGAGAGAGAGAGAGAGAGAGAGAGGGGGGGGGGGAGAGUCUUCCUAGUUAUAUGGUAAUAAACGCCACCAAGCUCUUCUUUACAAUAACAAAUAAGCUAUAUUUAUCUCCGUGCUUGGUCACUGAAACGGAAAUUCCCUAUUUGAAUGCUUCAAACUGAAAGUAGACUAUAGUAACUUCUUCCUUCCCUAUGCUAUCCAAAAAAUGGCAAAAACAGAAUCCUUAUACACCGCGCGGUACGGCGGAAUUCAGAAGUAAGCAGCUGAAUAUGGACUUUACAGAGGAGUGCAAUCACAUGUACCCAAAAUUUAUCCGAAACGAUGACGGCGAUAAUUUGGUGGACGACAAGUCUCCUCUAAUAUCGGAGUCAUCCAUUCAAACAGAAUCCAUGGGGAGAGAUGCCAUUGAAGAGUGUGCCGGAGUAAUGUCACCCACACCCGCGGAGAGAGGAGAGCAGGGCGUUUUAUUUAUGGAAGAACAGGGAAAACUUCGAGGAACAUUGGAGUUUUCCGAUCCAUCUUCAACGGAGGAGUGGAUCAAUCAAGCAGUGUCAGCUAUCACGAUGGUCCCAUGUGAUAUUUGCGAGAUAUGUGAAAAAAGUUACCCGGAUCACGACUCCAUAGAGUUCUGGAAGAGCAUUGAGGAAUCCUCGGACUUCCGGACUCGAUGUCAUAAGAAGUUUUACAAAAGAUUGACCCAGAGAUUCCGCGAAGCCUUUCCGGAGGAGCCGGCUCUACGGAACAGCCGCACCAUGAAUCUCCUGAAACAGCUGCUACACAUAGAGGGGACAGAUGACACGGUAGAAGUCUAUUUUGACAAGUUUGUCCGAGUCCUUAAAUUUUUCGGCCCAGUGAAAGCCUCGGAACGGCGAUGCAUUCUUCUACAACAGUUGCAGUUAUUGACGGAUAAAUCUUUGAAGUACAGCGGUAAGCAAAGAAAAGAAAAAACAAGUUGGUUCGCGGGCGACAUGACGAGGCAACAAUCUGAAGAUAGAUUAUAUUCAGAACCCGACGGAACAUACCUCAUUAGGAUGAGUCAGAACAAUGCAGAACAUGGAGAUUUUGUCCUAUCGGUUAAACAAGGAGAUGCUGUUCACCAUAUAGAAAUCAAAGGACAGCCACUGAAGGCAUUUAAUCAGGAUCCGUUCUCAAGUUGUCUCAUCUUUCGAGAAACAGAGUACUCUUCCCUUGUCGAUCUGGUGGAGGAACUAAAAUACGAACCGAUAACGGUCACUGAUGAUGCUGGGGACGUAGAGGUUUGGUGCAACACCACUUGUCCGGGACUUCCCCUCAAUGCCGUGAUAACCGGAUAUAAGAGGACGAAGGCCAAGCAAUAAGGAACUAUGAGUUAUGUGACGGGUAUAAAGUCGUACAUAAUGCACGGAAGUUCGUCAACAUAUUCUUAGAUUUUUCUCUCUCAAAAGUGUCCUAUUGAGAAUAGUUGUAUGUAGUUCUUUUUAUUACAUAGCUAACAUUCUUCAGUGAUAACGUGUUCCUAAAUCCUAGAGAAUUUUAACGUGCAGUACCUGGAUCAUUAUUGAAUUUAAACUUUUUAUGAAAUAAUAGGAUCCGCACCGAAACGUUCCAGGAACAAGUUAAUGUUUUAUUUCACACUAGCUGUAAUGAAAGAUGGUGUACCAUCUAUAGUUUGGUAAGCUGUGGUAGCCGAUUUCGAUAUUUUAUAUAUCAAGUAUCAAUCAAUUCUUUUGAUAUGUUUGCACUGAUUUACUGUUAAGGACCAGUAAAUAUUAUCAUUAACUAAUUGAAAUAUUUGUGGUGGGAUGAAAGUUGAAAAUAGUGUAACGGUGAUAUUGCAUACAUUAUAUCAAUGUCAAUAAUUCUUCAGGUUUUCAACUUGACAAGAAUAUGAAUAAAAUACCAACGUAAAACAACUGAUAUAUAGUUUACAGUGUAUAUAGUUUAGCUAUAUAAUAAUAAUAAUAAUAUUUAAUAAUAAUAAUUAAAUAUUUAUUUAUAUAGCGCCCUAUAUGACUAUAAAUAACCACUCUAAAGCGCUGCACACAAUAAAAAUGAUACAGCAUGUUAUAAAAGUAGUAAAAGGAAAUUAUAAUAGCAUUAAGACAGAUACUAUCAAAACAAUGCUAGAAAAAACAUCAAUAAUGUAAAGUAAAAUUACUAAAAUCUAAUACAAAAUAUACAUGAAAAAAGUUCCACGCCGUACAAUCAAAUAAUAUGAAAUACAAUAGUUAAAAUAAAUAUACAAUUAUACACUUGAAAAAGUCAAUAUACAUGACAUGUUAAAAUGAUGGUAAAGACACCAUAAAUAUUUAACCCCCUAUAAUACUAAUAAUAUGUAAGUCUAAAAAGAUGUGUUUUGAAAAGAGUUACUUAACCUGUAUGUGUAAAUAUUGGUGCACUUUGGGUGUUUGCGAAUUGCUCAAACUCAACUCGGCCAAUAUUCGCCAAGUGAAUAUAAAAUGAAUAACCUCCUAUAUUAUAUAUGUACUUCCACGAUUAACUUUCCUGCUCAACAAGGAUUGACAAUUGCUUUAGAUUGUAAAAGAGAAGGAUUUCAUCCUAUUGUUGGUAAUCACAAUUUGAACGUGUUAUAAAUCUAAACUGGAACACAUUGCAUUCUAGGCACACUAAUUUUGACUACGGAUAACUCCGUUUACCUGAUCAGGAUAUAGGGUUCACGGUGGGUGUGACCGGUCGACAGUGGAUGUUUACUCCUCCUAGGCACCUAAUCCCACCCCUGGUGUGGCAAGGGGUCCGUGUUUGACCAACUAUCUAUUUUGUAUUGCUUAUAGGAGUUAUGAGAUGGAUUACUGUUCGUUAUCUUCGCCUUUCAUUGCAAGCGUAGGAAGUUAGUAUAACAUGGGUAGUUCUACAUCGUCCACAUCUUGCAUGAACAAAUCACGUUUAACGUUGUUUUAAUGAACAAAUCAUGAUUAGAAGUUUUUUUUUAAAAAGAUAAACAGAUCACGUUUAACGUUGUUUUACAUGAACAAAUUACGUUUUAACGUAGUUUUACCAAUCAGAACCCCUCGCCCUUUACCACAUAAAAAGAAAUAACGGAGUAAAAGGCGAGAUGUUCCAGUUGGUUGCUUUACAUGAGCAUAUCACGUUUAACGUUGUUUUACAUGAACAAAUCACGUUUUAACGUUGUUUAACAUGAACAAAUUACGUUUAACGUUGUUUUACAUGAACAAAGCACGAUUUAACGUUGUUGGACAUGAAGAAAUCACAUUGUAAUGUUGUCUUACAUAAACAAAUCACGUUUAACGUUGUUGGACAUGAAGAAAUCACAUUGUAAUGUUGUCUUACAUAAACAAAUCACGUUUUAAAGUGUUUUUUAUACGAACAAAUCAAAUCUUAACGUAGAUUUACAUGAACAAAUCACGUUAUAACGUUGUUUUAUACGAAAAAAUCAUUUUAACGUAGUUUUACAUGAACACAUAACAUUUUAACGUUGUUUCACAUGAGCAAAUCACGUUUAACAUUGUUUUACAUGAACAAAUCACGAUUAAUGUUAUAUCACAUGAACAAGUCGCGUUUAAUGUUGUUUUACAUGAACAAAUCACGUUUAACGUUAUUUCACAUGAACAAAUCACGUUUAAUGUUGUUUUACAUGGGUUUACUGUCUUUUCAUGUCAUAUUAGAAAACGACAGAUAGGGCAUUUUUGCACGUGUUCGUAUUUCCUCAUUUCUCAUCUACGAGUACCCCAUAGCAAUAUUACCAUCUUCAUACUUCCAUAACAUGCUAUGUCCCAUAGGGAUCAUGUGAUCACAUGAUCCUUAAGCUAUGUUUAGUCUGUAUCAUGUGUAAACUAGUAUCAUCCAACAUUUCCUGGCGAACCCAAGUACUCUAUAAAACUGUACUUUUAAAAGUCUGCAUCCUGACAAAUCUACUGAAUGCAUGUUUUAUUUUAAUCUACACAGAAUAGUAAAAGCCGGUACCUGCAUAUGGUGUGUAUGCGUGUAUAUGUGUUAUGUGCGUACAACUCUACUGGUGUACUUGCAUUCGGGGUUGAUACUUAUUUGCGAUGUAGAUGUCAUUAUUUUAUUUUUGAUUUACAGAUUCUGGGGGUAGGGGAGUGUUUCAUCUCUUUACCCCAUGUGUUUCGUUUGCUUAUAGUAUAAUGUUUUUCUGUAGUACAGUAUAUUAAGGAUGAAAUAGUAUACAGUUUUUCUUUUAAUCGCUUACUCCUCUUACGCACCCGAUCACACCUCUGGUAUAUCCAGUGGUCCGUGUAUGCCCAGCUCACUAUUUUGUAUUUCUCAUAGGCGUUAUGAGAUUGAUCACUGUUCGUUAUCUUCGCCUUUCAUAAAUUAUGUUCAUAUACAUGUAUUUGUGCAUAUUCAUACUCAAUAGCUAAUUAAGAUGGUCAAUGCUUUUCUAUGUGUAUACAUGUUGAACAACGACAAGGUUAUUCCUGGUUUCAAGAUACCAAGCAGAAUUGUUCAACAUCGACACUUUUCUAAUUUACUUAAUGUAUUUCAACAUAUUUUACGAAACUUUGGAUGACUGGGAUCGGAAACAAGUUGUAUAACUUAAUUCCCAUUUUCAGUACACACACUUGAGUAAGAAUACUGUUUCAAAAGCUAGGUAGAAGUAAAUAAAACUGACAUUGUUACACUGUGCUGAACAUUAAAUAGUAUUUUAUUACUUAAUGACCUGCAUGUUAGAUAUUGUUGCACAUCAAUACUAUUUCCAAUUUGUUUGCCAAUGGAUAAUGACGGACAAUAUUUUUUAUUGUAUCAAAAUUUUGUAAGCAUUGGUUUUAUUUUUUUUUUUUUUUUUUUUUUUUUUUUUUUUAAAUCUUAUCACCUUUCCCUCUGUACAGUAUGUGUAUACGCUAGUAUAUGUAAAUAGUAUAUAUGUCUUUAAAUAUUUCUAUGAGAUGAUACUGUAUAUCUUCAUGUAGUUCGGGUACAACUAACCUAUAUUACAUGUAUCUUGCAAUGUAUGCAUCCUAGUAAAGGAAUUUAAUAAUUGUCA